UCUGUAAUCUUUACGGAGCCGACUUACACAUCUUUCUCCCGGAGCGCCUGGGGGGUUCGCUGACCUUUCUGUCAGCAGCCCAGCGCUAAAUGACUGCGCCACAAAAGCUCCUGAGAGUGCGUUUCCUGUUGUUGUGGUGUCGAUUCCAACUCAAAACGACCCUAUAGGACAGAGCAGAACGGCCCGAUAGGGUUUCCAAGGAGCGGCUGGUGGAUUCAAACUGCGACCUUUUGGUUAGCAGCCAAAGAGCUUAACCACUCUGCCACGAGGGCUCCAGAGCACACUUGGGCGAGUUAAGUGGUGAAGUAUUAGCUUCUUCAACCGCUCCUCCAACAAACAGGCCCUCCUCGAAAUUUCAGCUCCUUGGCUCCUUCCCUUCCUCCCAGUUCUCUUAGAAGCUUCCCCGUGCCCCUGGCAACCUGAGCUCCCACCAAUUGCAGCUAAGGAUUGCUGGUCACGUGUCCUCUGCGCCCUUCCCAAACGGCGGCAAUAUGGCGACGCCGGUAAACAGUAGCGACUGGGUUUGAGUUUACCUGUAGCUGCCACAACCCUGAUUAUGGCGGCUCCGGCUUUGUGUAAUUUGCGUCAGAGCCCAGAUGAGCUUCCUGGCGACCCUUCACAAGAAGAAAAUGAGAACUGUGAUUCUGAAGAUUGGGUCAGCGACUCGGGUUCAUUCUCCUCGGCGAGUAGCGAUUAUGAUGACCUUAAGCCUGAAUGGCUGGACUGUGUACACAAAAAUGGAGAGCUAUUUUAUUUGGAAUUGAGUGAGGAUGAAGAAGAAACCCUUCUACCCGAGAUACCGACUGUGAAUCACGUUAGGUUCAGUGAAAAUGAGAUUAUUAUCGAAGAGGAUGAUUACAAAGAAGGGAAAAAAUAUGAGCCCAAACUCAAGCGGUUUACCAAAAUUCUGAAAAGUAAAAGACUUUUGCCCAAGCGCUACAAUAAAAAAAGUAGCAAUGACACUGGGCCAGUAUCCAUUCUAAAGCAUCAGUCAAAUCAGAAACCAGGAGUCACUGUCCAGCAGCGAUACAAAGACGUGAAUGUUUAUAUAAACCCCAAAAAACUAACUGUCGCCAAAGCCAAGGAGCAGCUCAAGCUUUUGGAAGUACUGGUUGGGAUUAUCCAUCAGACCAAGUGGAGCUGGAGAAGAACUGGGAAACAGGGAGGUGGAGAGAGGCUUGUGGUUCAUGGCCUACUGCCUGGUGGAUCUGCUAUGAAGAGUGGUCAGAUACUAAUUGGUGAUGUCCUUGUUGCCGUGAAUGAUGUCGAUGUGACCACUGAGAACAUAGAGAGAGUUCUGUCUUGUAUUCCAGGACCUAUGCAGGUGAAACUGACGUUUGAAAACGCGUAUGCUGUGAAAAAGGAAACAACCCAAACAAACGAGAAAAAGGCACAGAUGAAUACAAGCGAUUUAGUCAAACUUCUGUGGGGAGAAGAGGUUGAAGGUAGCCAGCAGAAUAUUCUAAACACUCCUCAUAUCAUUAUGUUCCUCUCACUACAGCUCGAUUCGGAUUCAUCAAAGGAAGAGCAGGAAAUUCUUUAUCAUUAUCCAGUGUCUGAAGCAUCUCGGAAACUUAAAAGUGUGAGAGGGAUAUUUCUCACACUCUGUGACAUGCUGGAAAAUGUAACUGGGACACAAGUUACCAGCUCCUCCCUUCUUUUAAGCGGGAAACAAAUUCAUGUGGCUUAUUGGAAAGAAUCUGACAAGUUGUUGUUAAUUGGCCUUCCUGCUGAAGAAGUUCCUCUUCCUCGGCUAAGGAACAUGAUAGAAGAUGCUGCCCACACUUUAAAAUUUAUGUAUGGUUCUUUAGAUAGUGCAUUCUGCCAGGUUGAGAAUGUUCCUCGUUUGGAUCAUUUUUUCAACUUGUUCUUUCAAAGAGCACUUCAGCCUACUAAGCUGCAUUCAAAUGCCAGUCACAGUGCACAACAGUAUGAUGUUUCCAGUGCAGUGCUUCUAGACAACCUUCCUGGAGUUCGGUGGCUCACACUUCCGUGGGAGAUCAAGGUGGAAUUAGACACAGCAUUGAGUAACUUGGAAGCUGCAGAUUUUGGAGAACUGUCUGAGGAUUACUAUGACAUGAGGCGGCUGUAUACAAUUGUGGGGUCUUCUCUAUUUUACAAGGGUUACUUGAUAUGCAGUCAUUUGCCUAAAGAUGAUCUUAUUGAUAUUGCUAUAUACUGUCGCCACUACUGUCUGCUGCCUUUAGCAGCAAAACAAAGAAUUGGUCAGUUGGUAAUAUGGAGAGAAGUGUUUCCUCAACAUCACCUCCAGCCUUCUGAAGACUCAAACACUGAAGUCUUUCAGGAACCCGAAGGGAGAUAUUUUUUGUUAAUUGUUGGUUUGAGACAUUAUAUGUUAUGUGUAAUAUUAGAAGCUGGAGGCUGUGCAUCCAAAGCUGUUGGGAAUCCUGGACCAGACUAUAUAUAUGUGGAUCAGGUCAAAACAACUCUCCACCAGCUGGAAGGAGUAGAUUCUCAUAUAGAUGAAUGGCUAGCAUCCGCUCCAAGUCCCUGUUUGUCUUGUGCUGACUGGUUCCUUACUGGAUCACGUGAUAAACCAGAUACUUUGACAACCUCACCUAUCCUCAGUAGGCUACAAGGUACUUCCAAAGUAGCAACCUCUCCAACAUGCAGAAGAACCCUUUUUGGUGACUAUUCCUUAAAGACACGUAAGCCCAGUCCUUCCAGAAGCAGUGGAGGAUCUGACAAUGGUUGUGAAGGUAGAGAAGGUGUUGGCUUUAGCCCCCUCACUACACCGGAUAUAAUACGGAAGCAAAGAGAAUCUCAGGGCUCUGAUGUUUCGGAGGAAAGUGGGACCUUGCUUAAGGUCACUAAAAAGAAGUCUACUCUCCCAAAUCCAUUUCAAUUGGGGAACUUGAAAAAGGACCUUUCAGAAAAAGAGUUGGAAAUAUAUAACACAAUGAAAUUGACAUCUGGUCCUGAGAACACACUUUUCCACUAUGUUGCCUUAGAAACAGUGCAGGGGAUCUUUAUUACUCCUACCCAUGAAGAGGUGGCACAACUAAGCGGCUCGGUCCACCCUCAGCUAAUAAGGAAUUUCCAUCAGUGUUGUCUUUCCAUUCGUGCAGUUUUCCAACAGACGCUGGUGGAAGAGAAAAAGAAAGUACUAAAGGGUGGAGAUCAUUCAGAUUCUGCAAAUUCAGUGUCUUCUCUUAACCCUGUGAAAGAACAUGGUGUGUUGUUUGAAUGCUCAUCUGAAAACUGGACCGAUCAGAAAAAAGCACCACCGGUUAUGGCUUACUGGGUAGUAGGGAGACUCUUUCUUCAUCCCAAACCUCAAGAACUUUAUGUCUGUUUUCAUGACUCAGUCACAGAAAUUGCUGUCGAAUUGGCUUUUAAGUUAUUCUUUGGAUUAACCUUAUAACUGUGCUUUCUCAGUUCAGAGCAACACUGAAAAUGGAGCAUCAAACAGUCAUAAUUACUGAAAUUGAUACACAAAAUGGAUGUUUUAGCUCCUUUUCACUGUACAAUAUUGGCCAUGAUAUUGACAAAACAUUAUGAUGAAAUGCUGUUUGAAUUUAUGGCCUAAAUCUUACGUAGUACUGUGAGACUUUUGAAAAGAUACUUGACCAAAAAUAUAUGAAGAAGGGAUUAUUUACUUAGUAUUGCCAUUCUGGUACAAAACAUUAAUUUAUUGACUAGUUUGAAAUAAUGUGAAAUGUUUUAUAUAAAAUUGAUAUAGUAAGUAUUUAUCUUGGAAAAAUACUCAAUUCACUGUGCAUUUUUUCUCAAGACUAAUAUUGAUAUCUGGUAAAAGAAUCAUGGAACUGGGAGGAGGUGACCAGGUUCUGUAACUAAUUAGUGCUGUGACCAUAAGCAAGUCUUUUUACCUCCCUGAGCUCAGAGAUUUAAUAAAAUUAGAUGAUUGCACUGAGGUUUUUAAAGCCUCUUUUCCCUCUUGGUCAGUAUCUGAAUUUAUAAUGUCCAAGUACUAAUUCCUUACCAGAUCAAAUACUUUUUCUUAGUAUUUUAGAUACCUCAUGGGGGGUGGAGGGGAUAAAAGUUAAACUUUUUUUUAUUUAUUUGACUUUGUUUAUUCUUUUAGGUAAGCUCAAUUUUAACUAGGAUAUAUUUGUUAAACUAUUUGUCCAUGAAUUUCAGUGUCAUUCUUUUUGUUGAAAUACAUUCAUGUGCACCAUAUACAUUUUAUACAGUUGAUGAAUUUCAGGAAAAUUAGAUGGAAAUCUUUUCUUAAAACCAAAUCAUGUUAAAAACACUGAGGAGUUUGGCAACUUUUUUUUUUUUGUAAAGUCCUAAUUUUUGUCUUACAAGUGUGGAUUAUUAUGUAUUGGGCUUUCCCAAAGGAGGAACACUUUAAUGAGUAAUAGUUUACUUGAACUUUAGUAGGGAAAGAAAACUAAUGAGAUGAGAAUUUUCUUAGGCUGUGAGAAUUUGGUGGAUUGGGAGAAAAGAAGUUCAUAACAAAUACUGCAUUUUUAAUUGACAUUUAGCGAAUGGAUUCUCCUGGAGGCUCAGGUGCCCCAGAAAAUUUACAACACUAGGUUGUUUCUUCUUUAGCACUUAAGUUUUAGAAUUCAAGUUAUACUAGUACAUCUCCAGUCAAUCUCUACAUUUCCACUGCCUCAAAUGAAGACGCUCAAGUUUGGUCAGAACUAAAUGCAAAAUACAGUGGGUGCACAAUUUGAGUCAUUUGGUCUUAGAAGAAACACGAUUAUCUCUCUGUCAGCAUCUUACAAGUUUUACCCAGGUGUUUAAAUGUAAACCUCUGCAUACUUGGCCCAUUAGUGACCCGUGGGCCUUAAUUUUGGCACUGGAAUCAGGGCAAGAAACCUGGGUUCUUGAAAUAUAAUAAAAAAUGGCUUGAAAUAUUCCCCCCUUAAGAUCACAAUAUCGAGUCAAAUGGUAGACUCUUAACUACUGCUGUCUUAGGACUGCUUGUGUGUGUAUGGAGGUGUGUGUGUAUGUAUAUAUAUAUCCACGUUAAGACACUUUGUUUAUAAGUAUUUAAUUAAGCAUCUUAAAUUUCUGGAUAUGUCCCCAAAAUACUUUGAGUUUUUUUUAGUACUGGAAAUUAUUAAUAAAUGCAGCUCUUGAUUCCCCUCAGAUUUUCAGACAGACUGAACUAAGACUUGAGAUUUUAUCACAAGGGACUUUGUUUCAUUUAAUGAAAUUUUGGUCUGUCAAACUGUCUUCCUGGUGUCAAAGAAUAAUAAGACCACAAUUCAGAUAAGUAAAUAGGAAAAAAAUCAAUAAAAGACAAAACAGACUACUGAUCUAUAAAAGGGAAAUAGAUUGUAGUUGUAUACUAUAAUGUUCAUAUUGCAGAGACAUCUCCUUUUUAAGAAGUAAAACCAAACAUUAUCUUGAUUUUCAUCUCUAAAUGGAUACUGAAGUAAAGCACUCUAAGUUUAACUUAGAUUCCCACUUUUCCAAAUAUGUUCAGAUUCACAUGUGAAAGUAGAUCUAAUUUUUGAACAAUAAGUGUCUUUCUGUCACUUUAUUAAAUAAAAAGGGACUAAGUGACAGUGCAGAUACUCCAGAAGCAUGCUGUAGCAGAUAAAGAAACAUUAAGUUGGAUUUUCUUAGCGUCCAGUAAAUGAUCCCUUUCACCAAAGGCUGUAAUAUGAAAGACAAUAUAACUAACAUUUUUAAAAAUACUAAGUACUGCCUUAUUGCCAUGAUAUAUUUUAGCCCCCAAAACACACCCAAAAGAUUACAUUUUAGGGUCUCUCUCUCCUGUCUUUAGCUUGUUUUUGUGAGGUUACAGAGGUGUACCUAGCAAGAGAAUGUUUCUUAUUUAUGUGUCAAGGGACUGGACUGUUGAUAAUAUAUACUGGUGAGGUAGUAAAUAUGCAAUGCCUGUAUUUGGGGGAAAAGAUAUGAAACGAAUUUACUAGGUUUGACUUCUUUGAACAUUCUUCAAAAUAAUAUUGUGAAUAGUUACUUGUUAUAUGUGUUGGUUCCCUCUAAAUAGUGCCUGGCACAUAUUAAGUGCUAUUAAAAUGUUAGCUACUACUACCAUUUAUUAUUAUUAUUUUUAAUAAAUAUCCAUUGGAUGAAAACCAAAAGAUUAGUGGAAUAUACCUGCUACUGUAUAAAAUGUUGGAAGGAAGUCAGAAAAAUGAUUUAGCAUUAAACUAGGUAAACGCUUUUUAAAACAGGAUUUAUACUUUGGGUAUUUUAAAUAAAUUAUUAAAUGUUAUUAAAACUUUAAUCCAUACACUAAAUUGGGUGAAAUAAUUUAAUUUUGCAGAGUUGUAUUUCUAUAUUCCAUAUAAUUGAAGCUAUUUUUAUACUAUGUUGAUAAUUUUUAAUAAAGAUGGUUUGGAAGUUUGUAGUUGUGUUUCCUUUUCAUGCAUUCAUCCAAUAAAUAUUUAUUGAAUUUCUACUCUGUGCCAAGUGCUGUUCUGGGUACUGGGCAUACAGCAGUGAACAAAACAGCUAAAAAAGCCCUGCCCUCAGCGAACUUAUAUUCCAGUUCCCAGACAGACUGUGAACAAGUAAGUAUACUGAUAAAUGCUGAGGAAAAAAACUGAAGCAAGAAAAGAGGAUGUGAAGUAUGGGGGGUAGGAUGAUAUUUCAGGCAGGGUGGCCAGGGAAGGGCUCGCUGAGGUGAUCCUAGACCUGGGGUAAGUGAGAGAGCUAACCAAGCUGGCUUCUAAGAAAAAGAGUGAACAGUGCAAAGACCCUGAGACUCUGUACUUGUGUUAUCAACACAUAAAUCACUAGAACCUCUUUUUCUUCCCUAAAUUAGUAAAUAAAUAUAAUGCAAAUUAAAAUAAAUGUUUUUGACUUCCAUCUAUUGAAAGGGGAUGAUUCAGAGCUCUCAAAAAAGUUUAAAAACUACAUUUCAAAGUAGUUACUUUUGCUUUGGUCUGGCUUCCGUAAAUGAAUACAUGACAGAAAUGAGCUUGAGGAUGUCAGAAAAGGAUAUGCUAUGAACACUGUCAAUUAUUUGAGUGAAUUACACUUGAGGAGAAGGAAGAUAAAAUUGUCCUGGGGGACAGCAGGACAUGUUUUUCUGUCCUCAGAGAUACUUAUGGUCCCCCAAGACAAGACAUGGUUCCUUUUGACCUUUCUUGGCAUCUUAAAAAGACAGUCUUGCCUGGAGUGUGAUUCAUGUAAUUCCCUCCUUAAAUUUCUGCCUGUGUGCUUGUUAAUGCUUCAA